AUGGGCGCGACGGCCGGCAUGGAGGCGAUCCUCCAGGAGCGUAUCGCGGCGCUGGAGGGCACCUUGAGGGAGUCGGAGCGAGAGAAGUCGGAGAUGCAGGGAAAGCUCAGCAGUCUUGCUAGAGAGGCUAGCGACGCACGGCACGCUGCUGAGACGCGAGGGGAGGAGCUGCGGCGCGUCACGGCGCUGUACGCGUCCUGCAAGGACAGCCUCGGGGGCCGGCUGGAAGGCAUGACUUCGGACAACGCCUGGCUCGAGCAGAUGGUGGGGCGCAUCCAGGAGGAGCUCAAGGUGGUCAAGACGUCCGAGGCGGCGACGUCGGAGCGCGAGGGCGCCCUGCGCGGCCUCCUCACGCGCGUCCAGGAGGAGCUGUCGUACGCAACUCGACAAUUCUCGAUUGAGCUUUCAGAACUCAAAGCAAGGUUCGAGGGCGAGCGCCGCGUCCUCCAGGAGAGCAUCGACGACUCCGCAGCGGCGCUCCGCAGCGCCCAGGCAGACGCUGCAGUCCUGCGCACCUCCGGCGAGCACCUCCAGGUCGAGGUCGCGACGCUGCGCGCCCAGAACAGCGACCUCGGCGCGCACGUCGCGCGCCUCCUGGCCACGGUCGAGCAGGUGUCCAAGGAAGGCACCGAGGCGCAGGGCGGCAUCCUCGCGGACCUCUCCGCCGCGAACGCGCGCGCGGCGGCCGCGGAACGGCUCGUCGUGCAGCUGCGCGAGGAGCUCAUCCAGGCGCGGGCGCGGCACGAGGGGGAGGUGUCUUCGCUGCAUGAGUCGGGCGAGCAGCGGUGCGUGGCGGCGGAGCGCCGCGUGCUGGAGCUCGAGCACGCGCUCGAGCAGGCCACGCGCGCCGACGAAGUCAAGAGGCUGCGGAGGGAGCUGGAGGCGGCGCAGCAGCGGGUGUCGACGGCGGUGGGGGACCUGAAGUCCGUGACGGUCGAGGCGUCGGAGAUCAAGGCGUCCUUCGAGGAGGCGCUGGACGAGAUGCAACAGUCGUUCACGGCGUCCUCGCGCGAGCUCGAGACGGACGCCCGCGCGCUCUGCAAGGCCGCGCUCUCCGCCCUCAUCGACGGCGCCGACGCGCUGUUUUCUACCCUGGGGGUGUCCGGGGGACUCCCCCAGGACGUGGUCGGCGCCGACAGCCCGCCCGCGCCGGGCGGCCGCAGCCCCGCGCACGCCGCGACGCUCGCGGCGCUCCGGCGCCUCGCCGCGUUCGCGCAGCACGUGGGCGCGCAGAUGCACACCGCGCGCGACGCCGCCGGGGACCUGAGGGCGGCGCUGGACGCGUCGCGCGGCGAGGCGGCGCGCCUCAACGACGAGGGCCGCGAGCUCGCCGAGGCCAACGGGAAGCUCACGAGCGAGGCGGACGCGCAGCGCAAGCUCGCCGCGAGCCUCGAGGAGCAGCUCCGGAGCGUGCGCGCGACGCUGCGGGACACCGCUGCGCGCGCCGCCAAGGAGCAGGAAGGGAGGGAGUCCGCGGAGGCGGCGGCGGCGGCGGCGAAGGAGGCCGCGCACGCGCAGGGCGCGCAGGCGGCCACGCAGCGGCAGCGCGCGGAGAGCGAGGGUGCGGCCCGCGCGAAGCUCGAGGCCAAGGUCGAGGGCCUCGACCGCCAGAUCGAGCGCAUGGCGGGCGAGGCGCGCGAGAGCGAGAAGCGCGUUGCGGCGCUGCAGCACUCCGAGGCGCUGCAGCGCGACAAGCUCGAGGAGAGCACCGCCGCGGCGGCGCGGCAGACCGCCGAGCUCGAGGCGGUGAGUAAGGAUAAGGUGCAAGCGGAGUCAAGGGUGGGGGAGUUGAGUCAGGAGGUGGACUUCCUGCGGCGGGAGCGCGCGGCGCUCGAGAGCGACCGCGACGGCCUCGCCGCGGAGCUCCAGGCCACCAAGGCGCAGCUCGAGGGCAUCAAGGUCGAAGUCGCCGCCCUCCACGACAGCGACCGCGCCAACGCUGCGGCGGUCGCGGAGCUCCGCGACACCGUCGCGUCGCUGGAGCGCUCGCUCGGCGAGGAGCGCAGCCGGAGCGGCGCGCUCGGCGUCGCGGCGCAGGCCGCGAAGGAGCACGGCGUGAAGCUCCAGGCGGAGCUGGCGGCGGCGCAGGAGCGCGUGCGCGAGCAGGGCGAGGGCCUGCGCGCCGCGGAGCAGGAGGCGCGGGAGGCGGAGAGGCGGAUGCGGGACAAGUGCUGCGAGCUCGAGGCGGCGGUCGGGGAGGGCAACCGGCUCAAGUCGCAGGUGUCGGUCCUGACGCAGGAGCGCGACGGACUCGCGGAGAGCGACCGCAAGCACAAGGCGGCCCUCGCGGACGUCACCGCGCAGCACGCGCGCCUGCAGCUGCAGCACGAGCACCUCGUGGAGGCCAAGGCGAGUGUCGACGCCCGACUGGCAAAACUCGAGGAGGCGGCGGUGGAGAAGGAGACCGCGCUGGCGACGGCAAAGGAGCGCUGCCGGCACCUGACGUGCCAGCUCGAGAAGGUGGCACAGUCAGCCCUGCGCAUGAGUCAGGUGGUCAAGGCGCACGUGGCCAACCCGCCGGGGAACCCCGCGCACCACCUCGCGACCUCCGUCAUCGCCGCGUCCACCUGCCAGGACGUCGCCGUCGACGACCGCCUCCCCGACGUCGUCCACGACGCCAGCUGCCGCCUCGAGGGCCUCGCCCGCGAGUACGGCUCGCGGCUGCACGCGCUCCUCGAGCAGCACGCGCAGCUCGAGGCCACGCACGCGCAGACCAGCGAGGACCUCGACGCCGCGAAGGAGCGCGUCCGCGCCGGCGAGAUCGCGCUGGCGGACGCAGCGUCGGCGCGGCGGGAGGUGGAGGGGGAUCUGCGGCGGGCGCGGGACGAGGUGGCGGCGUGCAGGGGGGAGCUGGCGGCGUGCGCGGAGGCGCGGGAGCGGCUGCAGGGGCGGUUCGAUGCGGCGCAGGUGCAGGCGGAGCGUCUGGCGUGCGACAACGCGCGGCUGGAGCAUGCGGUGGCGGCGGGGGUGGAGGAGCGGGGGCGGCUGGUGCGGGCGGCGGAGGGGGCGGCAGUGGAGCGGGACGCGAUGGCGAAGAAGGUCGGGGCGCUCGAGAGCGGCCUCGCGGCUGCGCGCGCGGAGGUGGCGGAGAAAGCGGUGGCGCUGCGGGAGGCGGCGCGCGAGCGCGACGUGGCGCUCGAGCGCCUCAACGAGGCCCGGGAGGUCCUGAGUCAGGCCAAGUCCGACCUGACGCAGGCCAAGGAGCGCGAGGCGCGGUUGGCGGACCGGGUCCGCGCGCUCGAGGCGGCGGAGAAGGAGGCUGCCGCGGCGGUCGCGCAGGCGGCGCGCGGGGCGGCGCGGGCGGCGCAGCGGGCGCGGAGCGCUGCGGGCGACGUUGCGUGGGCCGAGGUCGAGGAUGUGCGCGGCGACGGGGUCGUCGAGGGCGUGCGGGCGCUUGCGAAGAUGGCGGAGGCGGCGUGCGGGGGCGCGGCGGCGGCGCUGGAGGCGCUGCGGCGGCGCGGGGAGGACCUGGAGGGGGAGGUGCGGGGGGUGUCGGGGGAGCUCGCGGAGGCGCGGACGGAGCUGGCGACGCUGCGGGAGCAGGAGCGGCAGUCGAGGGAGUCGCACGCGAAGCUGAAAGAGAAGCUCAGGACUGCCAAGGGGCUGGUCGAGGAGUCCACGGCGCGCAUCCGGGAGCUCGAGGACGGCGUCCGCGGCGAGCAGGGCGCGGCGGAGGUGCUCCGGCGCGAGCGGGAGGCCGUCGGGCGCGCUCUCGAGGGCACAGAAGAGGAGCUGCUGGUGACGCAGCGGCGGUGCGCGGAGCUCGAGCGCGAGGCGGCGAAGCACGCGGGGAAGCUCGAGGAGGUCGCACAGGACCGUGCGCGCGUCGCGGCGGAGUUCGCGCAGCUGAAGCAGCACGCCGAGGACGUCGAGGUGCAGCUGCGGGACGCGCGCGGCGAGCUCGAGGAGCAAACGCGCGCCAACGUCACCCUCCGGCACACAGCCGGGCUGGGCGGUGGCGCGGCGUCGGCCGACGCAGGCCCAAGUCAGCCGGCGGGCCGUGCGGCGGGCGGGGGCGGCGCGGCGGCGCGUGCGCGGUACGGGGCGGACGCGGAGGCGGACGUGAGCGCGGCGGCGCGCGCGCAGAAGGAGCGGGCGCGCGCGGUGGCGUCGGCGUUCUCGGUGGCGCGGGAGGCGGCGCACAAGGUGGACGCGGCGCGGCGGCGGGAGAAGGCGGCGCUGAAGUACGCGCUGAAGGGCGCGCAGAGGACGCGCGAGUCCCUCACGUCGCGGGACCGGCUGCUGCGUCUGUUGCAGCAGGACCCCCCCGGGGACCCUGUCAGGGAGCCCCUGACCGCGCCCGACACCAACGCGCUCCUGCGCAAGGAGCUCACCGUCGCGCUGGAGCGCGAGCUGAUGCAGAGCGCGGACGACCGCACGGUGCGGAGGGCGCGGAAGGAGCUCGCGGAGAUCCGCGCCGCCGCGGAGGCCUCCCUGAAGGGGCUGGCCGGGAAGUGA